AUGGGAGGUAUGAAAAUCAAUUUUGAUGGGGCUUGGCAACCUGGACUUACAGUGGGCGGAGUAGGUGUUGUGGUUCGCAAUUCUGCAGGUGACUUUGUGGUGGGUUGCGCCAUGGCUUUGGACAAUGUUUUCUCUGCGGCUCAUGUUGAAGCCGGAAAUAUGGUUGGUCAAAUGAAGUUGAUGAUUGCAGAGGAACAAAAGUUCCAAGGGAAAGCAUUGUCGCUAUCCCAUACGAAGACCACAAUCACUACGAUAAAGGAGAAAUUCACUGAACAGCAGCUGCAAAUGUUUGAACAGAGUUGUUUUGGUCAUCUCCUACGGAUUGAGGACCUCAAGUGGACUUCUCCAAUUGUCCACGGCUUGCUGCUCAGGAAAGCUGAUCCCAAGACAGUUUCCCAACUGAACGGGAUCAAAUUCAUUGUUGGCAAUAAGUACUUUGCCAACGAUAAAACUGUGAACCUGUUGGAAUUAGAAAAGGCCUUCCUCGAAUGCGAUGAUGUGGACGAUAUAUUGAAGCUCAGAUUCGUAUACUUUGCUGUGUUUGUGCUGUUAGGCAGUGAAAAACAUGUCCACAUUGACAUGCGAUAUUUGAAGUUGGCGGAAGACCUUGAAGACUUUGGGAAGUAUCCAUCGGGUGCUGUGUGUUAUGCGAAGACAAAUGCGUCACUGCUGAGGGCACUUUGUGCAGAUUACCAGCGAGUGAAAGUGCCCACAAAAACUGCAAAAACAAAAAAAUCUGGAAAGAAACGAACAACAACGGCAACUGGUAGACCAAGAGAGUACCACCUCAAAGGUUUUGCCUAUGCACUUCAGAUUUGGGCGUAUGAGGUAUUUUCAGCGUUGGCUGCACUACAUUUGGUGGUGCACGAAGAUAAUGCGUACAUCCCUCGUUUACUACAUUGGAGGAGCAAUAGUUCGCCGCGUUUUUAUGAGCUAAUGAGCCAAGUAUUCGAGAACCAUGAGGUUGAUGUGCAACUUCUCCGGCCAUCUGUAAUGGACAAGCAGCAGCCGUAUUGGACUUGGGGUGACAGUGCUGACGACACUGAAGAACUUGUUGACUUGUUGGGCGAUGACGCUGAACAAAAAACCGGCACUUCUGCCUCUGUAGAAGAAAAAGAUGAGGACAUUGACGAAACUGCUAGCCUUCCGUCGUCUUCUAAGGGUACAGUCGCGUCCACUGAGUUACGUACUUUGAAGCGUGACUUUCAAAGGACAAAGGAUGAAUUGGCCAAAGUUGCCAUAUCAAAUCGAGCGCUUUGCAACAGAAUGCAUCAGUUGGAAGACAUGGUACGGAAGGAGUCAUUGAAAGUUGAAAGAGAUCUACCCACAGUUAGUAUGGCUGGUGAUGAAGAAGGGAGUUCGAGUGUUGAAGAAAAGGAAGUGGAAGGUAAAGGGUGCAGACAGAAGCGCCCGGCGCAGACAUUGUUGAGCCCAUUUACUGAUCCUUUGAGGAAGAAGAGGACGAUGAGUGUGUCGGCCGCGAUUGCAACCCCGCCAUGUUUUGAUCCAACAAAACCCGUGCCCAUUGAAGAUGUGAAGGCAGUAAUAGAGUUUUGCACUGCCUGGAAAAACGAUAUCAGUGCGGAGGUGCAGCUGGAAUCAUUUUCAGUGGGCGCAGAUUUUUUCUACAAACUUAUCGAUGACACGGAAUGGGUUAGCUCAAGGCACCUGGACAUGGCAACCUUUCUUAUCCGGAAAAGGCAACUCUCUCAUCCGUUGGUAUUUGGAACUGACUGGACAACGACAGAUUAUUGCUUGCAGCAAUUUCUAGAGCCGUUGAAACCGACUACGAAGAAAUGUGGAGCGAAGAAGGCAGCUGCUUCAAACACCGUUGACCUUCCACCUAACAAGCUCAAGAAUAUACAUCACUAUGUGCGCGGUACGUGGCAGACGGGUAUGGCCAAGCUUGGACAAAAGUCCGGAAGGUCUAUUUUCCAUAUAAUCUUCGAGGGUCCCACUGGGUUGCAAUCGAAAUUGAUUUCGUCAGACAUACUGCAACUGUGUAUGACUCCUAUGUUGCGUAUACCAAAUCUUCGAGGCUGGUUACACUGCUGA